AUGUAUUUGACUAAAGAAAAAGAACUCAUUGAAUUGGAAGAAGUGAAGAAGGCUUUAGUUGAAAAUGUAUCCACAUUGAAAGACAAAUUAGAUGCUGCCAGAAACAACUUUGUGGAUGAAUCUUCAAUCCAUGAGAAAUAUGAACAAAAAUUAGCUUUAUUGAAAAAAAGCUGUGAAUCCAAAGAUACAGAAAUAUUUGUUUUGCAAGAGAGCAUAGCUAAAAUAAGAAAUGAAAUGGAAGCUGUAGUUUUGGAAUUAAAAGAAGUUGCUUCAACUUUAAAUGCAUCCGAAGCUAUUGCAGCAUUGCAUUCACUAAAGGAAGACAUAAAAGAAGCAAAUGGUAGUCUAACUGAUUGUGGAGAUAUAAUAUCGACAAAGGACAGAAAAUCAACAAGGAGCAAUGAAUCUUUUGAAAACAUUGAACUAUCUAGUGCCAUAGUUGCAAAUUUAAGUGAAUUGAAGCUUUAUAUUAACUCUUUGAAACAAGCAGUUUUAUCUUUCAAAGAAAAGAUUACCUUGAAAGAUUUAGAAGCAUCCAAACUUGAGGCAUCCAUAGAUCAUAUGAAAGAAUCCCUUCAUUUGGAAAAAAAUAAGUCAAGAGAAUUAUCAGAGACUCUGAAGAAACAAAACUAUGAAUUUACUAGUCUACAAGAAAAGUUUCUAUUUAAAGACAAAGAAUUGAAUGAACUACAAGAAGUUAAGAAGGAGCUGGAUGAAAAUGUAUCUUCAUUGAAACACAAAUUAGAUGCUGCUUCUAUUCAUAGCGACUUGAUUCUCACCCUUGAAAGGCGUGAAUUAAGCGCAACUGAGAGCUGUAAAGCACUUUCGCAACAGUGUGCCCAAGAAAAAGCUAAAUAUGAGGAACUUGAACAGAAAUUGAGCCAAACAGAAAAGGAAAGCCAAAAAAAACUAGAUAUCUUGUAUGAUUUGAUUGAAGUUCUUGAAAGAUGUGAGUAUAUGUCAUACUGCUCUCAGAAAAAAAAUAUUUUGGAUUCCCAAAUGUAUAAAGAAAACAUAUCUCAUUUGAAAAGAACUGUGGAGUGUCAAGAAAAUGCUACAGAAGAUUUAGAGAAAGCUCUUUGUGAUGUACAGAAACAGUUAAGAGAUCUGCAAAAAUCAUCUCAGGAAAAACUUGAUGACCAGGAGCAGAAGGUAAAACAGCUGAAACAAAAAAAUGAUACCCUCAUGGAAGAAAAUGAAAAAAUGAAGCUAAAACUGGAAGAGCUUAAAAAACAAACUUUGGAACUGCGCAUAGUAGAGGAGGAAAAUAAACAGCUAAAAUCUAAAGUGCUUCAACACGAAUCACAGCCCGAAAGCAGCAAAAGAGUUUUGAAAGAAAGAGGGAAUCGAGAUUAUUCUGUGGAAACUGAUGACGGGAAAGCUGAUGGGGCAAAAAGAAAGUCAAAGAAAACAUCUGUAAGGAAAAAGGGAAGUUCCGAAACAAAGGAAAUAGAAUCAUCAAGAGUGUCAUCUCUUCGCUCUAGGGAAAAUAAAAUUAAUUAUGUGGAAGAGCAACUUGGUGAUUCAGAUGCUGAAGCAUUUGAACCACAAAGGAGAAGAGUUCCAAAGAAAGGAACUUCUGUAGCUUCUCUGCAGGUUAGAAAGAAGAUUGCAGAAGACUCGGAAAAUAUCUCCCCGGUGAGGAAAUUCGCCAAUUAUGUUGGAUCUACGCUUAAAGCAGCAGGAACUAAUGUUGUGAAGAAUAUGCCUAGCCCUCGAAUGACAAGAGGGAAGAAGAAACUGUUUAAUACUGAUGCACAUUGAAGACUUUAUUUAACUGGGCUGUUUUUAUACUUCAUGAAAAUUCCUUUACAGAAUCAUACAUCAUCUAGUGUAUUUGUAGUUUUAUCUUUGUAUUUAUCAUUUGGUUUUAAAUAAAAGCUAUGUAUUUUC